AUGGCAGCGGCCACGCAACAGUCGAUGAGGAGUCUGCCAAGCGGAUUCCGCGUGUGCUCCACCGCACCGGACAUCCUUUAUGUACCUGAACUGAUUUGUGGAGGGCUGGUGUGGAUCCUGGUGGCUUCCACACAUGUGCAGCCCAACAACCCACUGGGAUGGGUCAUGUUUGUGUCUUUAUUUUGCUUUUUAAUGACCUUCCUCUGGUUAAUCACAUUUGCCUGUGGGUGCCUCAAGAAAAGCAGCAUCUGCCCUUUGCUGGACUUUCUUUAUCAUCUGAUUGCUGCAAUGUUCUACCUGAGUGCCUCAGUUCCCCUGGCCAAUGUGACCAUCAACAUGCAAAAUGCAACUGCUGUUGCGAUAUAUCCCUUUAACUACUACCAGAUCGACAUUGCGGCCGUGGUACUCUCCCACAUUACCACAUUGCUCUACUUUAUCCACUGCAUCCUUUCUGCUUGUCGAUGGAAAUCUAUUUGUUGUUAA